AUGCUGCGAAGUACCUUCUUCCUUGUCAUCGUCGCCUACUGCUCAGGAGCCGACCCAGUGCUAUGGGGUUCUCGGAUUGUGGGAACACCGGCGGGACCAUCACCACCUAUGUAUUUCCGUCAUCCCAAAGAAGCCGCGAUAUUUGUGAUAAUUGAUGGCUUGAUGUCUCCAAUCAAAAUCGAAAAUGGCACGUGUUAUCUUGGCGAUAAAGUCUGGGGUUCCCCUUGCCAAAGGUAUAAAGAAAGUUCCAACAUCACCUUGAAAGACGUAUCCCUUCAGGAGGCAUUACAAAUCUGGGUUGAAUAUUUACCCAUUUCUACAGCAUUCUUUGUGCCGAAUUGUACUACUCAGACGUCAAAGGAAGGCAAGUCGAUUGAGCUGAAGAAUGCUUUGCUUGCAGAUGAAUUCGACUGGAAGACAUCGUUUCCGCUUUCUCGAUUUGGGAAGGGGCAAUCAAAUGUCGAAGUCGCAUUAGCUGUUCGAGGUGCAAACAGCCGGGGCUUGACAUCCCUUUAUCAGAACGGUAAAUUUGCGUGUGGUUGGAGGGGGACAACACUUGUUCUCUCUGAAUCUCCUGUCUGCCGUAAUAUGUCGAAAGAUGAAAAAUCCAAUCUAAGAACAUUUGUCCUGAACAUUACUCAAAAUACUAUUACUUCUAUUGGGUGGUAUACCUCUACUAGAAGGAUGACAGUUAAUAUUGACUGGACGCAAGAUGGUGUAUCGCCAGAAGUUGCGGAGUGUAAUGGCCCUGAGGUGAAGCACACUUCUACGAUUCUGGUUGCAUUGCUGUCGAUGCUCAUGCUAAUGAGAGCGCUGGCCGGUUGA